CGUUCAGUGGCGGCAAGCGAGCGUCGAGUACAGCGCGCGUCGCGUUACUACUCAAACACAAUCGGCGAUCGAAUAAAACUUUUUGUAACAGAAAACAAUUCGAACGUUUUUAAAAAUUCGAAAGUUUCUCUUUUUCUGUCAGUGCGUGAGUUACGAGUUUAUUGUUUUUUUUUUAAUUAGGCCAGUGUUCUUUUUAUGAAAAUUUGUUUUUUUUUUUUAUUAGUGAAGUGAUUUGAAAAGUGUGGAAUAAUAAUAUUAUUUGAGGCGAUUUUAUAAUUGAGGUACUUGUGGUUUAAUGGUGUGACGCGGUUCGUGUUUAGCGUCACAUCUUCAAGCAUCAGUGUCACGACGAUUUUCAGACCCGAGCAAUAUGUCGCUAACAACCUGAAGGCGAGCGGGCGAUGCGCCGCGCGGCGGUUCGCGCGCGCGGUGCGACGCGCGUAAUAUGCGCUCACUGAACGAAACAGCGUGCCAGGCGCUGCUUGAAGACGUACGGUGGGACGAGCCCGUCAGCCUCGUCAGCUUAGCUAUACUCGCCCUUAUUGACGUGCUUGUGAUCGCUGGUAACUGCCUAGUGAUAGCGGCAGUGCUGUGCUCCUCGAAGCUGCGCAGUGUCACCAACUUGUUCAUCGUGUCCUUGGCGGUCGCUGACCUGUUGGUCGGCGUCGCUGUGCUGCCCUUCUCAGCCACUAGAGAAGUGUUUGAGGUAUGGAUAUUCGGCGACGUGUGGUGCUCAGUAUGGCUGGCUGUGGACGUGUGGAUGUGCACUGCAUCCAUCCUGAACCUCUGCGCCAUCUCCCUGGACCGCUACGUGGCCGUCACAAGACCCGUCAGCUACCCUAGCAUCAUGAGCAGGAAGAGAGCCAAGGCUCUUAUAGCUGGUCUCUGGGUGCUGUCUUUUGUCAUCUGUUUCCCGCCGCUGGUCGGUUGGAAGGAUAAAAAGCCUGAAGAAGCAGACAUAAAAGACGGUUGGGUGCCCAAUCCCCCUUGCGAAUGGACCUGUGAACUGACCAACGAUGCUGGCUACGUCGUCUACUCAGCCCUCGGUUCCUUCUACAUCCCCAUGUUCGUGAUGCUAUUCUUCUAUUGGAGGAUAUACAAAGCCGCUGUUAGAACCACCAAAGCAAUUAAUCAGGGUUUUAGGACUACAAAAGCCUGCUCUCAAUUCGCAGGCAAAGGUAUGGGCAGUCGGUUCGAUGACAACCGACUGACGCUGCGGAUACAUCGUGGUAGAGGAUCCAACCGUCCUCACGGGUCUCCGCUGUCGAAUGCCUCCAAUCAUUCUACUAGUACUUCGCUUAGUGCUUCUCCGGAACGGUUAAGAAGACACUCAAGCGCUCGACGAGCUCAUGAGAAGGUGAAAAUCUCCGUAUCCUAUCCAUCAUCAGAACAAAUAUGUCCAGCUCAUGAGAACUCCAUGUCUUCAAGUAGAUCUCCCAGCCCCUCUUUAUACGCAGUCCAUUAUGAAAGAGAUGGGAGGGAACUGACGGAAAGCAGACUAAGGGUUCGACCCUCCCACCAUUUGGCUCCAGGACCCUUGUAUGAUGAGUAUGAUGAUAAACCAAGGACUACUAGGAGGAUGGGGAAGAGGAAUAUUAAAGCUCAGGUAAAACGCUUCCGCAUGGAGACCAAAGCAGCCAAGACCCUCGGCAUCAUAGUGGGAGGGUUCGUCUUCUGCUGGCUUCCCUUCUUCAGCGUGUACGUCGUGAGGGCCUUCUGCGGGGACUGUGUCAGCCCCAUCGUCUUCUCCGUGCUGUUCUGGCUGGGAUACUGCAACUCUGCCAUCAAUCCAUUGAUUUAUGCGCUGUUCUCUAAGGACUUUAGAUUCGCAUUCAAACGCAUAAUAUGCAAGUGUUUCUGCGGCGGCGGCGGUCCCAGGAGAGAGUCGGACGCCGAAGGUUCCAGGAGGCAGAACAACAGGCCAACCCACUCCCACUCACUGGAAGAACAAGACGCGAACAACCACACCUCCACCACGACCAGCACUAGUGCUACAGAUAGGUGACGGCGAGCAAUGCGACGGCAAAACCCGCAGUUCCAGUCAACCGUCGCAUGCGUUUAGUUAAAUAGAAAUCAACGUUAGCGUUUAAUAACUGAUUAAAUAAUAUAACACAAUAUAUAAAUAUCAUUUUUUUAUCUGUAUAUUGUUAACUACUAAACGCGUCCUACUGUAGAAGGCAUAAUUGUUAGCAUAAGUAAAUGUGUGUAAAAAAUAAUAACGUUAUAACGUAAAAAUAACGUGGUUAUUUUAUCGUUAUUUCGUUGAAUUAGCUUAAUAACGAGCUGUUUUUAAAUAUUAUAACUGUGCGCACUUCAGUGAAUGUUUUUUAAAAGUGAAUUUAUUUAUUGAAAAGACUGUCAGAACUUAAUUGUACCUAAUAUUACGUAAUAAAUUAUGUCAAAUAACCAAAUUUAACGUUGUAAAGAGGAACUUUAAAGAAAUAAGUUAAGGAAUAAAGUAGAUCUAUUAGACUAUUGGGCGUGAACAGCACAGAAUAUAUAAAUGUUCAUGUAUAAGCACGCUCUGGGUCUUUUCAAGUAUCUCCAAUUUUAAAACGCUUAUAACUGAUACGUCAUUUAGUACUUAUCCUAGUUACUUUAGGGUCCGUUCGCACAGACCAGCUCGGAGAGCAUCGGCGUAUACGCUUGGAGUCGGUCGUAGCGGAGUCGCCAGCUAUUUCCCAUAUACCUGGAAGCGAAUGCGCUCGGAGCUGAUCGGCUGCACGAGAAAAAGAACUCGCGAUCGGAGCCGAUCAGCUCCUUUUAUUAUUUCACACCAAGCGCCGUCAAGCAUUUUUAAUGACAAAAACAAUGCACAUUAAAAAAAGAACCUUAAUACAAAUACUUGAAACUCUGUUUUCAACGUAAGAAAAAAUGAUCUCCGCUCCGAGCCAGUCUGUGUGAUCAGACCCGUAUCCUCACUCAACUCUAAGAGUAAUCUAAGUAUAAUUAUGCCUAAUGCCUAUAAAAUACCAUUGUCCCUUUUCCAUAAGUAGAUAAGCUAGAAGUCCUAACAUUUCAAAUCUUAAAGUAAUCUCCUGUGUCCCAACGUAACUUCAUAUCGUACCUAACUAAUUAGUAAUCACCUUCUAUAACUAUUUUCUUUUCCUCUGUCGUUCUUAACUUAUGAACCUCUGAAUCUACUAUCUAACAUGUUUUUCAAACUUUUGUGCUUAUGAAUUAUACCCAAAACCCAGUUAUUUUCAUUGACUUCCAUUAAUAAAAUAAUAUCUUAAAAUUAUAUAACCCUACAACGUACCUAGUUUAAAGCACCAACCGUACAAUAGCUCUAAUUUUGUACAAACCCAAGAAAAUGUAAUGCCUUAUUAACAAAAAGCAGAUUUUGUUAUAAUAUUACUUAAAAUAUAUGAAUCUAAGCAAUAUACCUAUAACUAUCAGAAAUAUUAAGUCAAUAUGUUAAGCUAUACCUUCGUAGUUUGAACUGACCUGAAAUAUCGGAGGUCUACAGUGCCUGUUUUUUAUAAGUAAACUGUAUCUUUGAACUAAACUAGACUAUAAAAAUCAAAAUAUAAAUCAAAUAAUCUGUCUAAGGCAAAGGUACAAACUUCUAGUGAUUUCAAGUGUACGAAUAAGUGAAUAACUUGUUUGUAUAACUAAAAUAACGUAGUUGGUGCAUCAAUAAGAGUGAGGACACACGAUGCGUUGCGGUUUCGCUUCGCAAACGUUUCAACGUGUCAGUGGGCACACGAGUGUUGCAGCGCCGUAACAUUGUUAUGUCGCAGCGGCGCUGUAGCAGCGUUGGACAGUCCGCUAAUGAAUGUUUCUUUGUGACGCAAAACAAUUGAGCGGUGCCGCUCCGACGUCGCAACACAUUUUCCUCUCCCCCCUUCGUCACGGUGGUUGCAAGUCCGGUGCGGCGCCGAGGCGUAUCGUGUGACAUGCCACAAAUCUUUCUAUGUAAGACGACGCAGCGACACCGCUCCGGCGCCGCACCGCCGCCGCAACGCAUCAUGUGCAACCCGCUCUUACUCAUAAUAAACUGUUCUAAUAAUGACUUGCCUACCAACCUACGGUUAGCAUAGACGGGUAUCUAAAUAGUCGAUGGAUAAAUAAAGAUCUCAACGUUCCUCAAGUUUAUUCGAUUGUGUAUUCGAUGUUUUAACAUUAUAUUCGUUAGGCGAGUUGUAUGUUUACGUGUGAGCGAUACCAAUAUUACUGUGGAUUAAUAUACGAGAUGUUACCUA